GGGGGCGCCGCGGCGCGCGGUUUGAGCGCUGCAGGAGCCGCGGGCCCGGCCCCGACCCCUCACCCGCCGCUCGCUCGCGUCCCGGUCGCGCCCCACUCCCGGGGCCUUGGCGGCUGUUUGUCGGAGGCCAGGGAGUCCCAGCGCUUAACGGAAAACGAUGGGUUCUGAUGUGUCUUUUUAGGCCAGCUCGAGCGUUAGACCCGGCCUCGGCGCUUUGCGGAGCGCCGUGGCCCUGGCGGCGGCAGCAGCAGCAGGAGGAGGAGGAGGGCGAUCUGCUGAGGAAAAGCUCUUGUAGCCCUCACGUCGCUGGAACCUGUCCAGGAAGAGCUGACAUCUACCUGCCCGCUUGAGGAGGUUGAUGAGGGAAGAUGGAGGAAGGGAAAACCUAUUCAGCAGGUGGAGUGUUUGCUCACCUGGAAAUGCUGGAGGCGCAGGCUCACAAGGCAGCUGUGAAGGAAGAAGAAGUGAAGCAGCAGGAAGAGAAGCUGGCCAGGCUGAAAGCAAGAGUGCAGGAGCUGAGGCUCCAGAGGGAUAAGCUGAAGGAUAAAGUGGAGCUACAGCAAAAGGGGCAAUCCGGGACAGGAGGAGUCGUGUCAGAGCCGGCACAGCCCAGCGCUCGAGAUGUCUUGGAGUGGAAGAUCAGAAAUCUUAAGGCCACGCUGCAGGUCUUUUACCUCACAGGGAUCAGUGGGAAGCCAACCAAGCGGGGAGUGUGCUUCUGCCUCAGCACAGCUUACGAGGGAACCUACUUGGAUUCUUACUACCUGGACCUGCACACCACCACGUCUGAAGUGCAGAUUCACCGCCACUCCAUCCCCAUCUUCAUCCCCCUGGAGCAGAUUGCCAAGAAGUACCUGCAGAGUGACAUCAGGCGCUUCCUGUCUGUCCUGUCUGACCACCUGAACGCUUAUGUCGGGAGGAGGUACCAGGCAGAGCAGUUACAGGAACAUUUUUCAGACCAGAUAGAAGGACCUUUGCAGAAGAACUCCCUGUAUAACUUGCUGAUCUUCAACUACAGCAUGUCAAGUAACAGCAAAGCCUUUCCAUUCAAGGCGAGGUUGGUUUAUGGAGAUCCCUGCUGCAGCCUCCCCACUGAAGUCGGCGUUUCCUGCACAUCGGAGGCUCCCGCGGGUCUGGCACAGACGGCAGCGGCACACUCGGAGCUGUUUGGCCGCACGGCCCUGCACAAAGCCUUCCGCUCCUUCAGCAGCCCGGCCGCGGUGGCUGCCGCCUCCUAACGCCCUCGGCUCCCAGGGGCCCAGCCCGCGGGGGAAGGGUCUCCGCGCUCACGUCUCGCUGCUGCUGGGGAAGCUCCGAGGAGCCGUCGGCCCCGGUUUGGAUCUCGAGAGCGCCGUUUCCCUGAGGGUGCCUGUUGUUGCAGUAGCUGCAGGAAACGCCUCAGGAAAGCUUGUGGCUUUAUGGCCCUGUGGAUCAGCACCGGAGCACCUCAUUAAGAGGGGAGCAAGCAGAAUAAUCUGUGUCCUGCUUACCACAGCCAGGAAAGGACUUCACCGGGGAAGCUUGAAGGGCAGAGGUGAGGCUCGGUUGCUGCCAGCAGCAGCCCAUGCCCUCAGGUGGGCAGCCUCGACCCCAAAAAGCACAAACACUGGACUUGCCAGAAGAAUUUCACCCCAGCAGCAGCUUUACAUGGGUUAUUUCCUUCCCUCCGGGCACAGGGCAGCUUUGCUGGUGGCUGCCUGUUGUGGCUCAAGGCUGGCUCAGAGCUUUAACAUCCUGCAGUUUUCUCACUGUUCUGUAGUCUUGUUAGUGUGCAUUCUGUGUUACUAAAGUUGUGUUUACAUACAA